CAGAUGAGACAUGCAGUCCUACCUGAAGCUCAUCCACAAGGCAAAGAUGCCUAUCCUAGGACUGGGCACAUGGCAGUCUUCCUUAGGGAAAGUGAGAGACACAAUCAAACUUGCCAUUGACAUUGGGUACCGGCAUUUUGACUGUGCUUACGUGUACCAAAAUGAAGGGGAGAUUGGAGAUGCGAUCCAAGAAAAGAUAAAGGAACGGGCCGUGGCACGAGAGGAUCUGUUUGUCGUCAGUAAGCUGUGGUCUACAUUUCAUGAGAAAUCCAUGGUGAAGGGAGCAUGUGAAAAAACGCUUGCGUCUCUAAAACUAGAUUACGUGGACCUCUACCUCAUCCACUGGCCCAUGGGAUUCAAGGCUGGAGAAGAAUUGUUUCCUACGGAUAAAAAUGGUUUGAUGUUGCCCAGCAAUACAGAUUUUCUGGACACGUGGGAGGCUAUGGAAGACCUGAUGGAUGCAGGUCUGGUGAAAUCCAUUGGCAUUUCUAACUUCAACCGUGAACAGAUAGAGAGGCUCUUGAACAAACCAGGGUUAAAACACAAGCCAGUAAAUAAUCAGAUUGAGAGUCACCCAUACCUACCUCAGGAAGAACUGGUGAAUUUCUGCAAAUCCAGAGGGAUUUCUGUCACUGCCUACUGCCCUCUUGGAGCUCCCAACUGGAUAUGGGAUAAACCUGAGGGGCCUCCCCUCCUGGAUGAUCCCAAGGUCAAAGAAAUCGCAGCCAAACACAAUAAAACCUCAGCUCAGGUUUUGCUCCGUUUCCAGAUUCAAAGGAACGUGGCUGUCAUCCCCAAAUCAGUUACUCCACAUCGCCUUAAAGAGAAUUUUCAGGUGUUUGACUUUGAACUGAGCCAAAAAGAAAUGGAAACUCUGCUCAGCUUCAACAGGAGAGACAGGAUCUGUGCCCUAAACGAGUGCCGAAAUCACAAAGAUUAUCCUUUCAAGAAAGAUUACUGA